AGCUUGGUUAAACUUGUAAACACUUUUGUAAAAGAUGGCUGACAACGGAGCCCACCCGACAGAGGAGGACCCGGCAGCAGCUUUCCUGGCCCAACAGGAGUGUGAGAUCGCGGGGAUAGAGAACGACGGUGACGGUUUUGGAGGACUGGAAGACGCCGAAGAGGAGCCGGCGGCUCAGCCUCCGACGGCCCAGCCUCCGACGGCCAACUACGACAUAUUUGGAGAGGAGCCCGCUACAGUGAAUGGAGAUCUGUACCAGGAGUCCAAUGGUCCGACAGACACCUACGCAGCCAUCGCACAGGUGGAUAUUCAGAGACAAGAACCCGAGAGUUUACGUAAAUGGAGGGAAGAGCAGAAGGAACGCCUUGAAGCAUUAGACACGGCGUCAAAGGUGGCGGAGGCCGAGUGGAGAGAGAAAGCCAAGAAGGAGCUGGAGGACUGGCAUGUGCACCAGAGUGAGCAGAUGGAGAAGAACAAGGCCAACAACAGGAUUGCUGACAAGGCUUUCUACAAACAGCCCAACUCUGAUGUUAUAGGCUUUGUAGCGUCAGAAGAAGCCUUCCUGGCGGACACCGACAACGACACCCCGGGGUCAGAAUGGGAGAGAGUAGCCCGCCUGUGUGACUUCAACCCUAAAACCAACAAACAGGCGAAGGACGUUUCUCGAAUGCGUUCAGUUCUCAUCUCCCUCAAACAGGCGCCUCUGGUCCGCUAGAGGGCGCUCCGGUUGUGUUCUAGAACCGUUGCUUUUUUUUUUUUUGGUCGUAACUUCAGCAGACGUUUCACGUUAACUAUUAUAAAUCCCACCAGACGCCUGGUGAAACUGAAAUAUGCCUCGCUCUAAUGUUACACUUUGGCCUGCUUUAUCAGUGCAUCCUCAGCCACCGACGAAUCAAAACAAAAAUACUGUUACAGUAACUUGUACUCACUUCUCUUUUAACUUAUCUACUUUUAUUCAACAACCACUUUUUUUGCAUGUCUCCUGAGUUUAAUCGAUUUCGUCCUGGUCAGUGGCUGGACCGCGCCGUGCUGUGUCGUCAUAGUAAAGCUGUAACCAGCACUUUGUUUGUAAUUGUUCUUAUAAUCAUAAUUAAGAUUAGCAUUUAAGCUUGUGGCCUUUUUAUCCCCCUCUCACUACUGUUUGAUUGUCUCUCACAGGGAAUUUGUCUUAAAAAAAACCUCAAAAUUUCUGCUAUAGUUAAUGAUUUUCAUGUGUUAACGGUCAGUGAAGUUUUUAUGUUUUGUUCGUGUCUUUUCUUUAAUUGCCAAUGGGUAAGGUGUCAACUGAAGUGUCUGCACAUUCUUUCACACGUUGCCUGUUUGGAAAAAUUGAAUCUUGAAAGUGAAUGUUUAAAGAAGAAAAACCAAACCACCGCAGUGCGACCCUUUAAUUUGUCUUUAAAUAUUUCCUGUCUUUUUACUGUCGCCGCUUUAAACACCGUAGACGUGAACACAGUCUAAAUGACAGAGUCUCUUAACACACACACACAGUUAUUUUAAUCACAGGUGUUUGUUCCGUCUUUUGUCUCCUCGCCGAGUCGUUUUGUGUUCUGCCCACGCAAAUGUCUGUGAUUAAGGUAACUGUUCUCACAAAGGGCUGUUUUCCUUCUCCAUUGAUUCACUCUUUGAUUAUUGGUUACAUUAGGAUCUUAGAAUUUAAGGUGGAGUCAGGACCGGGUUUGAUUUCAUCCAAAAUCCUCUCAUUUCAUCCUGCAAACAUUCAGCCUCUGCUUUUCUUUGUUUCAAAUGAAUGUCUAGCAAAAGGUGGGUUUUAAUAAAUUCAUGUCCCAAAAAUA